AUGGCUUUGAACAUAAGUGGCUUGGUAGCCCUGGUGGUAUUUUACGUAACAACUUUAGCCAUUGGGAUAUGGGCUUCCUGGAAAAGCAAAAAACAGAAGAGCAAUAAACCCACUGAAGUUGCCAUGGUGGGAGGCAGAAGCAUCAACUUUUGCAUUGGAUUGUUCACAGCAACUGCAACAUGGGUUGGAGGAGCAUAUAUCAAUGGCACUGCUGAAAUUGUCUAUCUUCCCUCCAGAGGAUUAGUGUGGGUUCAAGCUCCAGUAGGAUUUGCUUUGGCUCUCCUUGUUGGUGGGCUCUUCUUUGUCAAUCCAAUGAGAUCCAAGAAUUAUUUGACAAUGAUGGAUCCGAUCCAAGAAGCAUAUGGGAAUGUGAUGGGAACUCUCCUCUUUAUUCCACCAUUGAUAGCAGACAUAUUCUGGUUUGCAGCAGUUCUUGCUUCCUUAGCAGCAACUAUGAAGGUUAUUUUGGAUAUCCAAGGUUAUCUAGCCAUCAUUAUCUCUGCAUGCACGGUUAUAAUCUAUACAUUACUGGGAGGCCUUUACUCAGUUGCAUAUACAGAUGUCAUACAACUGGUCUUUCUAAUGGUCAGCUUGUGGUUUUGUAUCCCGUUUGCCAUGAUGAACUCUGCAACGGAAAGCAUUCCUUAUACCGCUGUCCACGACUCAUUUCAAACACCUUGGUUGGGAAACCUAGACGUGCAGUUUGUUGGACGAUGGCUGGACGACUUCCUAUAUUUGGUUCUUGGGGGUAUCGCAUGGCAAACCUACUUCCAGCGGGUUCUCUCAGCCUCUUCUUCAAAACAAGCCAGGGUUAUUUCUUAUCUCUCCGGAGUGGGGUGCUUUGUAAUGGCCAUCCCUGCUGUGCUUAUAGGGGCAGUUGCUGCCUCCACAGACUGGAAUCAGACAAACUAUGGCCUUCCCACUCCCAAUGACAGAGGAGAAUCUGCCCUCAUCCUUCCAUUAGUGCUCCAUCAUCUCUGCCCACCAUACGUCUCCAUUGGUGGCUUGGGUGCCAUUGCAGCUGCCGUGAUGUCUUCUGGGGAUUCUGCCCUGCUCUCCGCUAGCUCCAUGUUUGCGCACAACAUCUACAGGAAAGUUCUUAGGAAACAGGCAACUGAAAAAGACGUGCUGAAGGCAAUGAGGGUGUCCAUGGUUGUCUUUGGGACAGUGGCAGCUGCUCUGGCUUUCUACUCCAAUUCUAUUUAUGACCUCUGGUUCCUGGGUGGGGAGCUGGUAUACGCUCUCCUCUUCCCCCAGCUGUGCUGCGUCCUCUUCAUUCCUCACACUAAUACAUAUGGCUCAGCUGCUGGGUUCUUCUUUGGGUUUCUGCUGCGGCUGUUGGCAGGGGAGCCCACCCUGAAGAUCCCCCCCAUUCUCCGUUACCCAGGAUGCACUCUUGUCGAUGGGGUCUACAUCCAACUGUUUCCAUAUAAGCUAGUCACCAUGCUUUCCACUCUGCUGGCUAUAGUCUCCGUUUCAUAUCUGGCAGCCUUUCUGUUCAAGAGAAACAUCCUUCCCCGUAGAUGGGAUGUUUGCAAGAUUAUAAAGGAAAACCAGGUGAUCAUUUCCUUAUCCCAGAGAGAAAAAAGUGACGCAUGCACAGAAGAUGGAGAAUUGUGAGCAAACAGGGGCGGGGGUGCAAAUUGCAAUGGCAUCUUCUUAUAAUUUCACCCCACGGU